CUCCCCUUUUCAUCACAUUGACUUUAUUUAUUGAAUCAAUACAAAAAUGACUUAUCCUGACCAAGAAGAACUCGAAUUUCAGCAAGAGGUUGAAAAAGUGAAACAAUGGUGGUCCUCACCUCGUUUUGCCCAUGUAAAACGCCCCUAUACUGCUGAAGCCAUUGUCUCUAAGCGUGGUACUUUCCCCACAGCCUAUCGCUCUGAUAUAUUGGCCAAGAAGCUUUGGAACAUUCUCCAGGUCAACAAAGCUAACGGCACUACCUCCCAUACAUUUGGCGCACUUGAUCCUGUCCAAGUCACACAAAUGGCUCCUCACCUGGAUACCGUGUACGUCUCCGGUUGGCAAUGUUCUUCUACUGCCUCCACCUCCAAUGAACCUGGGCCUGAUCUUGCUGACUAUCCCAUGGACACAGUUCCCAAUAAGGUCGAGCAUCUCUUCUUUGCUCAACUUUUUCACGACAGAAAGCAGCGUGAAGCUCGUUUGAGAAUGUCACCCCAAGAAAGAGCUAAAACUCUCAAGAUUGACUACUUGCGACCUAUCAUUGCUGAUGCCGAUUCUGGUCAUGGUGGUAUUACUGCUGUUAUGAAGCUAGCAAAGAUGUUUGUCGAACGUGGCGCUGCUGGUAUUCAUAUCGAAGAUCAAUCCCCAUCUACAAAGAAAUGUGGCCAUAUGGCUGGUAAAGUACUUGUUCCUAUUGCUGAACACAUCAAUCGUUUAGUGGCCAUCCGUGCUCAAUUUGAUAUUAUGGGAGUUGAAAAUGUUGUCGUUGCUCGUACUGAUGCUGAAGCUGCUACUCUUAUCACUACAAACAUUGACCCUCGUGAUCAUGAGUUCAUUGUAGGCUGCACCAAUCCUGAUCUUAAACCAUUGGCUACUAUCAUGCAUGAAGCUGAAAGUAAAGGUAUGUAUGGUGCUCAACUUCAAGCCAUUGAAGAUGACUGGAUCGCUAAGGCUGGCCUUAAGCGCUAUGGUACUGCCGCGGCUGAUAAAUUGAAGGCAACUGGUAAGGGACAUCUGGCUACCAAGUUCUUAUCCGAGAUUCGUUUCAAGUCCAAUACAGAGGCUCGUGAAGUUGCCAAAAAGUACGGCAUUGACAUCUUUUGGGAUUGGGACAGCUGCAGAGUACGUGAAGGCUUUUUCCGUUAUGAAGGUGGUACUGAAGCUGCUAUCUCUCGCGCCAUUGCUUAUGCCGAGUAUGCUGAUAUGCUCUGGAUGGAAACAAAGAAGCCUAUCCUGGCACAAGCUGAGCAAUUCUCAAAGGGUGUGCUCUCUAGUUCUCCUCACGCUUUAUUAUGCUAUAAUCUAUCUCCUUCAUUCAAUUGGGAUGCUGCAGGUUUAAAUGACAAUGAUAUGGGAUCGUACAUUAGCAAUUUGGGAAGGCUUGGCUUCAUAUGGCAAUUCAUUACCUUGGGCGGUCUUCAUGCUAAUGCUUUGGCAACAGCUACAUUUGCCAAGAGCUUUAAAGAAAGUGGUAUGCAUGGAUAUGUGACUCAAGUUCAGCGCCAAGAAAGAGAGCAUGGUGUUGAUGUAUUGCAGCACCAAAAGUGGUCAGGAGCAACCUUUGUAGAUGAAGUUAUGAAGAUGGUCACAGGUGGUAUGUCUGCUACAGCGGCUAUGGGUAAAGGUGUCACUGAAGACCAAUUUAAGAACUAGUUCAAGUUUGCUAAAAGUAUUUGUUAAUAUUUGCCGUAUAUAUACGUACCUUUUUUUUUUGAACAAC